AUCACCCAGCAGCACUCUCCUCUCUCGUGAGCGCACGGCGUCGUGUGUGGAACGCCGGGCGGAAGCGAGGUUUGUUUUUGUUUUCAAACAUUUCGACUGUUGUUCGGGCUGUUCGCGCUAUCGUCAUGGAAAUGUUAUCCUGAUCGCUGUUUGUGAACAGAUUCAUCGAACAAACCUGUGAAAAACGGUGAAAAUCAAGCAACGAAAAAAAAACAAGAAAAUGUCCUACGUCGAGUGGCUAGCGAAAAUCCGUAGCGCCGACAAGUCUUCGGCCAUCCAGGGCACGGUUCGCAAAGUGCACUACACCUUCCAGGAUGGAACCGAGAUGGCCGAAGAAUACAGCACCGAAACGGGAUGCGUCCUGAGGCGGGCCUGGAAGGUCCGAAGCGAUCUGCUGCGGAAAGAUGACUGGGAGAUCGAGCUGGGAGAACCGAUUCCGAAGGCGCUCAAGAACGGCGACGAAUUCGCACUGCAGGAAGCGGCGACGGAACCGCUUCUGUCCAAGCGGGUCACGCGCAAUUGCAUCGAGUGGCGCAUCCGGAACCUGCCGUACCCGUUGUCCACCUAUACGAUUACGUGUGAGGGCGAUGCUCGGACCAUCACCGUGCGGACGUCGAACAAGAAAUACUUCAAGAAGAUUGUGGUUCCGGAGUUUCAGCGGUGCAAUUUCCCGCCCAAGGUGGAGGACCUGAUGGUGAAGCACCAGUACAAUACGUUGAUCAUAUCGUAUAAAAAGCCGCCGAUUCUGGUGGAGAUGGAAAAGGCCACAUUGACUGAAUUGCAGAGCGUGGAAACCGUUGAGUAUGACAACAUUCAGUGUGGAGAUUUGUUGAAAGGACUUAUUGGUGGUUAGUAAAGGAACAUUUAAUAAUAAUUAUA